AUGUCGAUGACAAAACACUCAUUCAAAUUCAUGUUUAACCAUGUCUUUUUACCUCCUUUGCUGCCCGAGUAUGAUGAUGAGGACGAAAAGGAUGGCGAAUGGCCCUUGGAGCGCACGCUUCACCGGUUUGCUUUGGAGACCUUGGAGUCAUUCAUUCAAGAGGGUCCACAGGCAUCCAAUGAAGCCUGGACCGCUGCGAUAAGCAUGCUGAAGAACUGGAUAGAAUUGGAUAAGCAAGGAGUGGUGUGCAAGGACACACUUGCCUCCAUCUUAUCUAAUAUCAAAACCCAUGGCGCUGCUGCACUUUACAUCCGUGCCCAGAACUGCGGGUUGGUGGCAUAUUACGACAAAAGUGGCGACAAGGUCAUUUUUGAUGCAUUUGAAGUGUCGCCCCGCGCAAAGGAUGUGAUUUCUGCACCAGGGAGCCUUGUCCGCCAGUUACCCGGCCAGAGUGUAGCCAUCUCAGGUAGCAUGCUAGAAGAUGCUAGGUUCUGUACCGAAAUUUCGAGCAUCAUAGCACGCCUGUCGACCGAAAGUGUGGCUGAAAUGAUACCUAAGUCAUCCAAAGCCGGGAAACCAACCUUGGAAGAGCGGGAUACUAUCCACCCUGGCUUGGUUACCGAAGGGCUCAUGAGUCAGCUUCUGGCAUUCGGAGAACACAAUGAAGGGCUUUCCUUUACCAAAAACACGCGGGACGAGGUCAAUUGGAGAAAAAGCAAGCUUCCUUGGAGACGGUCCCCUCAUUGGUUCAUGUUGCGAGUUGCACUACAGUCGGUGCUUCAACGCGCUCUUCCCGAUGGGCAGGGCUACAAGGAAUACAAAAACUUUAUGCUAUAUCUUGUGGCCGAAUUUGGAAAUAGAUCUAGGCUUGUUCGACCAGCAGUGGCUGCGGAUCAAUUGGAAAUAAUUCGCGCGAAGAUAUGCCGACGCAUCUUCAAGCUCCGGGGAGGAGUUUACGACUUUGUUGCACUGCACGCAAAAUCGGCGGAGGCGGCCAUCCGGGCUACUUUGCAGGCUGUACACCAGGACAUUAUGAGCUCGAAUUCGAUGACUAUACCCGAAGGUUUUGCCUGUACUCCGCAAGAUGUUCAAAUGUCACUCGAAAAUUCUCGAGAGUACUUGCAGUCUGCAAUGAACCGUAUUUCUACCGCUGUCGAGCAGUCUUAUUUCGAUCGCGAGCACGAGCCACGGAACCAACUGAAUAGGCACGGGUUGCCGCUGCUGAAAAGUGGCGAUCUGCUGUCGUUGGCUGAUUUCGAGCAAUGGGUGGCGAACGAAAUGCAGAACUGGUAUCGUGGCACAGAAUCAUCAGAAAACCUCUGUUGCUUGCUAGCUGAAUUGCUGCAGAACUAUUCACAGUUUGCAGCUGCAGCAUACAACGGGAGCCCAGAAACCAUGUCUGUCGCAAUAGUCUGUAUGCUAGAGCUGUGGGUCGUCGUUGAUAAGAUGUGUAUUGACAUCUGUCCGCUUAUGAAAAGCUAUUCUCCCGAACUACCGAGCGACUUCCUCGAACCGUUGCUUUUACCCCAAUGCUGCGAGAUGCAACGCGCCACUGGGAUCGAAGCCUAUAUCCAAGCACGGCACAGUGCAUGUACGGCUGGUACCCUGAACAUCUUCUCCGAUCCUGGUGCACAAAGCUUUCCUGUUGCUUAUUUCAAUGAUUCUGAGAAACACCGCGGGCUACGUGAAAGUAUACAGCAGCAUGCUCGAGCCAAGCUCGAAAGCAAGAGGAAUGAAUGGCAAAAUAAAACCCAUCACCAUGAAGAGCUCCUGCGACAGGCAGCUCAAAUGUCGCAUCAAUGGGACGUUGAUUCGCGUGGUAGAGAAUAUCACUCUGGAACAUGCCAACUCUGUUCAAUUCAGAACCAUGCUUCGAACCUAAGCAUUGGGGUUUACGAGUGGCCACUCCCGAGCAAUGAGAAUACACUCAAGACAGUUGUCUUUGAACUCGAUUGUCCACGUUGGUUUGCAUCGUGGCGCGAUGUCACUUGGAGAUUGCUCCACGAUUUUGGACGGUUGCAAAGCAAGAAAGGCUCCAAUAUCGAGCAGAACCUGCUUUCUUACAAAGACACGCAAUCAUUCUGCGUGAACUGGGGGCAGCGCCUCACUUUAGGAUCAAAGACCAAGUCAUGGAAGAGGACCCACUACAACAAUCGCCAUUUUCCUGUGGACUUCGGCGAUAUAACCCCCCCAAAUGCCUUCCAGUUUAGGCUCAUGGACAGCAAAGAAAACACAUGGGUUGUGGAUCAGAGUGAGUACACAUCAGUUAAAGCAAGAUGCACUUUCGCUCUCCCACCUGGGCCGUACUCCUGUCUGCAGUAUACUGUGGACUCUUGUGGGCACUCGCAAAAUCAGAUCAUAGCGGAUCAACAGAGGUGCCCCUCCGAAAUGAGUUUGCAUGAAUAUAUUGCUUUUGGCUGCCUCCGUGCGGGUAGACGAGUACAGUGGCACAAUAUGGUCCGUGAACUCGCAUCGUCUACUCUUUCAAUGAAUGAAGAAGCGGUCGGCAUGCUGUUCCGCCAGGCAGCAUGGGAAUUCGGCCCGGCUAGCCCUGCCUCCACUCUGAGAGAGGCUCAUUUGGCCUUCAAACAUGAAGCCUUAGGUGAUCGAUUAGUGGAAUGCCUGAAUCAAAACCUUAGCUCUAUUGAGGCUAAUUGGAACAAGUACCACGCUUUGCAUACUCUAGUCGUCCUCGGACUCCGGACUCUCAGCUUGUCAAAAGACUUUUCAAUUGUCGAACGCGCAGCAGCGUUUUUACGCCGAAGUCGAAAGAUCGCGUUGAGGUGGUGUGAGGACCUGGUCACAACGUUAGGCGCUCAAGCAGGCACACACAGUCAAGCGCAGCAGUUCCUUAUUGUCAUGAUUGGGGGUGUCUGUCAAUUAACAUACGCGGUAGAGCCGCAGCAUCUUCUACUUCUUCUCGACACCCGCACAGACCUAUACCAUCUGAUGCGCUCCUCAAUUUUGGUUUUCGAAAACUCCCCUCCAUCGCACGAGAAUGCCCCAGUUGGAAUCAGAAACAGCCUCAUCUCAACCACCAAAAUCCUUCAUUCUCUCGAAGAGCCUACCCGUCAAUUCAUUGAAAAGGACGCGGCAGGCUUCAAUGAAGCUAUUAGGCAUAGUGUGCAUGACGUUGGGAUUACCUCUACCUGGACAAUUUGUUCGGGGAAUCUCUCGCGCUGGGUAACCAACAAGACUAACGCGAGCCAUCACGGGCGCCAACAAGAUAUUCACUAUAAUUUGCUCAGUGGUGAACUUCUUCUGGCAAACCGUCCUCCGGGUCGCUUACCAAAAGAACUAGCGAACACUUACGGUGCUGCCGUCGAAUCUAAACGGCUCAACAUUUAUGUCUACCCGUCCAUAUGA